AUAGCUUCCCCGCCCUCCUUCACAGGGUUGCUGGGCCCGGACUUUUGCACCGAGCGCGGACUGGGAUUUCUCGCAGAGACCCAUCAUGGCGCACGAAGACGUGGCGGGCGAGACGGCCGAGGGCAGCAGCCCGGGGCUGCUGAUGGAGCUCGUCAGCUCCCCGCUCAACCUCAGCUUGCUGGGCCUCUGCCUCUUCCUGCUCUACCAGAUCAUCCGCGGCGACCGGCCCCGGGCCCAGCCCGACGGCGAGGAAGAGCCCCCUCCGCUGCCCAAGCUCAAGCGCCGCGACUUCACGCUGGCCGAGCUGCGCCCCUACGACGGUGUCCAGAACCCGCGCAUCCUGAUGGGCAUCAACGGGAAAGUCUUCGACGUGAGCCGCGGCAGGAAGUUCUACGGGCCGGAUGGUCCUUACGGCAUUUUUGCGGGAAGGGAUGCAUCCCGAGGCCUUGCUACUUUCUGCCUGGAUAAAGAAGCACUGAAGGAUGAAUAUGAUGACCUUUCUGAUCUGGAUGCUUCACAGAGAGAGACCUUGAGUGACUGGGAACAGCAAUUCACAUUUAAAUAUCACUAUGUGGGCAAGCUGUUGAAGGAUGGUGAAGAGCCGACUGUCUAUUCUGAUGAAGAAGAAACAAAAGAUCCUGAACAACGCAAGAAAGAUUAGUGAAUGCCUGAAAGAAAAAUAUGGGGAAUUUUUGGAUUUUUAAAGGACCUUUUCUCACAUUCCGGUUGUAUUUUACUGAUUUGAACAUUAACUGUGUUUUAGAAAUGGAAAGUACAUAUGUUGAUUUGGCUGUAAUUAAACACAUUUCAAUCUACGUUCCCAAGGAACUUGCCAGGCAAUACCGAGCUGCUUAAAUCCAAGCUGCAUGGUCCAAAUUGGAAUUUCCAAAUUGGAAUUUCCAAAUUGGAACCAAAAAUAUCCAAUGCUGUGGUGAGGAAGUACAUUUACCCAAAUCGCAGUGCUCAGCAAUUUCCAAUUUUUCACUGGUACUUGACAAAGGGCUUCUGCAUAAGUCCCAUUAAGAGGUCACUAUGAAGCUGGAUGGCAUUCAAGUAACAAGCACAUUCUAAGACACACACACACCAAUUUUUCUGUAUGGAAGGAAGAUCUUUGCUGAAACAUCCUGAACCACAAUUAUCACAUCUUCACAAUGAUAAUUUUUGACCAACAGCAGUUCCUUAUUCUCCCUACAUAAAUAAUGCUUAAAUGAACUGUCUGGCUGGAAGGUGUUCCUUUUGAAAUCUGUAUGAUUUAAGCAGAGUACAGAUUGCUGUAAAUAUUUUGGAGAAGGGAUGGUAUGAUUUAUUCAUAAUGUACAAAACGAGUAUGAGGUUUUUAAUUUUUAAACCUGCUGUUUUAUAUAGCAAUUUACAUCCAAGUAUGUAAUUAGUAUAGUCAACCAGACCCGUUUUAAGUUUUUCUAUUAUAGACCGCCAUGUAAACUAAGCGGAGACUGAUAGCUUCAUUUACUUUGAACAUACUUGCCACUGAUUUAUACGAGUUUAUAAUCAGUAGAUGCGUGCAGCCGAAUAUUAUAUAUGCACAACUAUAUUUGCAAAAGUAAUGUCCAUAAAUGUUCACAGGGCAUGGGCAGCCAUAAAGCAGUCAGUCAGCCCACUUCACACAGCAGCUGCACCUUCCAAAGGUGGCAUGCUAAAAGCAGAAUGCUAAGAGGGGUCUCCUUCCGCUUUUGCUGUCAGUGGUUGGAUGUUGCUUCUCAGAAUCUUGAAAUAUGCAACGUCUGAGAAAAACCUCAAGGAAGCCAAUAAGUUGAGCCUUGAGGAAACUGCAAGAAAUAAAUACAUAAGGCUAGUGGUGCCACAGGAGCAAUUACCCCUUGGGAGUUCAACAAGGCCUGUGUUGGCUCCAGUUGAGAGUUAAGCCCUUGAACCAGAAUUUUCUGACUCACACAGGCUAAGUAUGCAUUCAACUGGUUCAAAUCUUCUAGCACAGAUGGUAAACUCUGCAGCGGGUGGGGAAAGUAGAAAAAAAGUCAGCUCAGAACUUUCAGGCGGGACAGUUCAGGUUGAAUGGAAGAACCUCUUUCUUGCUGAGUUUUAGUUGGUCAUCUGAAAAAAUUUGCCAAGUUGUUGAAGCUGCUUUGCUGGUGACUGAAUCAUCUGGGUCGCCUCUGCUUUUAUAUAUGAUUUAAGUCUAAGGUAGUGGUGUCCAGAUUGCAUCAAUUUCAAUUCUUUAAAUCUGAUUCUUUAUUGAAAAGAAUAAUUCAGACAAGCUUUUCUUGUUCUCCAUCAUUGGACCUUGGCCUGCACUGGGAAAUGCAGCCUUUCAGACUUCAGCACAGCAGGCCAGAUGGGUGUUACAUGUGUACCCUAAAACCCCAUUUCAGUGUUGAGAGGUUGCUCAGAUGGCAAAUGAAUAUAGUCUCUCCUACAUCCCCAAGACAGCAAGGAAGUCUAGGGAAUCUUUACUGUGGGAGCAGUGGCAGUCAGUUACUAUGGAAUGUUGCAAGAUUGGUAUAGCAAUAAGCUUUGUGGUUCUAACGGGUCCUUUCCCUUUCUCUCCUCAGUUUCCUCACAUACAGCAGUGAUACAGUGACAUUCCUGAUAUAAUUUCCAUUGCUUAGAAACCGCUUUUCUAAUGGUAACUGCUGAUUGGCCCAUUCUUAAUGUGAGAAAUGCGUAAUGGAUUCUUUUGCUUGUUGGUAACACUGCACCUUAUUGACAGAUUUUGUUGGCUGAAGUGUGAUGACCUACCUCUGAAAAUUCUAGGCUAAUGAAAUCUUCAGCAUUGCGGCAUUCUUCUUCCUUUAAACGUUACUUGUAAUCCUUGCAAAAAUUUGGAUGACUGUGUUUCAAAGCAAGGACAAUAGAGUUGUACUGGAUUGUUUUAUUUUCCGUUUAUCUUUCUAGACUAUAGUGCCUCUUUUCUUGCUCUAAACGCUAAACACAAUACUCCUACGUUCCUCCAAAGGUGUUCAAGUUAAGUGUUAAUUACAGAGUUUCUCACUUUUGAUUCUUCCAUCAACAGCAAAAUAAAUUUUUGUUCUUA